GGCUGCGUCCAAAGAGGACUCUGCGGCUGGUGCUCUGGACUGCAGAAGAACAAGGUGGAGUUGGUGCCUUCCAGUAUUAUCAGUUACACAAGGUAAAUAUAUCCAACUACAGCCUAGUGAUGGAGUCUGACACGGGAACCUUCUUACCCACUGGGCUGCAAUUCACUGGCAGUGAAAAGGCCAGGGCCAUCAUGGAGGAGGUUAUGAGCCUGCUGCAGCCCCUCAAUAUCACUCAGGUCCUGAGCCAUGGAGAAGGGACAGACAUCAACUUUUGGAUCCAAGCUGGAGUGCCUGGAGCCAGUCUACUUGAUGACUUAUACAAGUAUUUCUUCUUCCAUCACUCCCACGGAGACACCAUGACUGUCAUGGAUCCAAAGCAGAUGAAUGUUGCUGCUGCUGUUUGGGCUGUUGUUUCCUUUGUUGUUGCAGACAUGGAAGAAAUGCUGCCUAGGUCCUAGAAACAGCAAGAAAGAAACAUUUUCAUGCUUCUGGCCAGGAAUCCUGGCUCUGCAACUUUGGAAAACCCCUCUUCACAUAACAAUUUCAUCUAAUUCAUCUUCAAAGCGCAACUCUAUUUCAUGUUUUCUGUUAUUAUCUUUCUUGAUACUUUCCAAAUUCUCUGAUUCUAGAAAAAGGAAUCAUUCUCCCCUCCCUUCCACCACAUAGAAUCAACAUAUGAUAGGGAUCACAGCGAGGGCAUUUCUUUAUAUCACCUCUUAAAAACAUCGUUUCCACUUUAAAACUAAACACAAUAAAUUUUUGGAAGAUCUCUGA